CGCGAGGGCCCUUUGUGGACUUCACGACCGCCAACAUCUGGGCGCAGCGCGGGCCACCGCUGGCCACCGCGCCGCCGCCGCGCCUUGGGGACCGUAGGAGGGGCAGCCCCAAGGCCAGAGACUUCGGUUUGGGACCAGCUCCCCGGGAUGCGGUAGCGGCCGCUGUGCGGAGGCCGCCGAGCAGCUGCAGCCGCCGCCGCGCAGAUCCACGCUGGCUCCGUGCGCCAUGGUCACCCACAGCAAGUUUCCCGCCGCCGGGAUGAGCCGCCCCCUGGACACCAGCCUGCGCCUCAAGACCUUCAGCUCCAAGAGCGAGUACCAGCUGGUGGUGAACGCAGUGCGCAAGCUGCAGGAGAGCGGCUUCUACUGGAGCGCCGUGACGGGCGGCGAGGCGAACCUACUGCUCAGCGCCGAGCCCGCCGGCACCUUCCUCAUACGCGACAGCUCGGAUCAGCGCCACUUCUUCACGCUCAGCGUCAAGACGCAGUCGGGGACCAAGAACCUGCGCAUCCAGUGCGAGGGGGGCAGCUUCUCGCUGCAGAGCGAUCCUCGGAGCACGCAGCCAGUGCCCCGCUUUGACUGCGUGCUCAAGCUGGUGCAUCACUACAUGCCGCCCUCCGGCGCCCCCUCCUUCUCCUCGCCCCCAGCUGAACCCUCCUCCUCGCCCCCAACCGAACCCUCCUCCUCGCCCUCCUCCGAGGUGCCCGAGCAGCCGUCGGCCCAGCCGCUCCCGGGGAGCCCCCCCAGGAGAGCCUAUUACAUCUACUCGGGGGGCGAGAAGAUCCCUCUGGUGUUGAGCCGGCCCCUCUCCUCCAACGUGGCCACUCUCCAACAUCUCUGUCGGAAGACCGUUAACGGCCACCUGGACUCCUAUGAGAAAGUCACCCAGCUGCCUGGGCCCAUUCGGGAGUUCCUGGACCAGUACGAUGCCCCCCUUUAGAGAGCAAAGGGCAGGGGUAGGGGCUAGGGGCCCGGGUCCCCUCUCCUCCAUGGCACAUGGCAUAAGCACAAGAAUCCAGCCGUGAGAGUCCUGCAGCUCUGGGUGAGCUAGGGGGCGGACAGGCCCCUCCCUCCGGUCCUCCCCCUGCAGAACUGGGCGGGCGGUACCUGGAAUGUGUUUGAGGAGAGGGGGAGAGCCACCUGAGCGCCCCUCCCCCACGCCAGUUUCUCCGGAGGAGCCGGCGGGCCCAGGGGGACCACAGCAACGACCUCAGUGGAUUCUCUCUCCUGUCCCGCUUUCUCGACCCCCCUGCGCUUCCAAACGGGGGACACUGCGGGCGUGCUGAACUGGUGAGAACUGCCGGGGAAUCUUCGAACUUUCCAACGGAACUUGUUUGCUCUUUGAUUUGGUUUUAAACAGAGCUUUAAAUCUGAGCAGGUCGCGGGCCUGGAAAAGGGUGGAUGAGAGAGAGGGCGCCUCAGGGGCCCAGGGCUACCGGCUGGCCAAGGAAAUGGUCACCCCCAUCGCCCAGCCCAGGUGAGGAGGGUGGCUGCCUGCUCCACCUCUGACACAGGGGAGAAGGGCAAGGGGUGGCCUGAAGGGGACCUUUCCGCUCCCCCUCUUCCUCCCCUUUCGGACAGCCACCAGAAACACAGGUCCUAGAGUGCAUCUAAUGCCAGAGAGCCCAGGGCCCUUCCCCUGUUUUAAGGGGGGAGUGGCAUUUGGAAGAGGAUGGACGGCUGGUCAAUUCUUCUUUCCCCACCCAUGCUAUACCUUUCGGCACCUGGGGGAUGGGGCUGGAGGAGAUGGAGGAGAUGAGCCACCUUUGAGCCCAGAUCCUGGACAGAGAAGAUGGGGGAUUCUACUUUGUGCCUCCUGACUAUAUCUGGCUAGGAGAUUUGCCUUAAAUGCUCCCUGUCCCAUGGAUAGGGACUGGCACACAAGAAGCCACACACUCAGCCAAUCCAGGCAGAGGC